UCCGAUAAUUGUUAUCUUAGAUAUUCAUAGAAGUUACUUGCGUCGAGUGUAUUUUCUAUUGCAAUUAUUAAUACAAAUAUAUGCGAAUCACGGAAGACACACGUAGCGUUGUUAUUGUGCAAAUACAAUGAAAGAAAGCGACGAGUCCUUAUCCUCUUGCCACCAAUGUACUUUCUGCAUGUAUUUCUUUGAGACAAAGGAAUUACUCGCCGCUCAUCAUGCAACAUGUUUUUACAAGAAACGCAUGGAAACUACUACUGUCAUCAUGUGCAUUUACUGUCACUUGACAUUCGAAACACAGAAAUUAUUCAACAGUCAUGUUAAAAAAUAUAUGUGUGCUAGUAAACCUUACACAUGCAAGUAUUGUGCAGAAGCAGUCUCUACACCAAGCAUGGUGUUGCAUCACAGGUGUCAAAACAAAAUUACAAUAGAAGAUCCACGCGACAAAGAUAACAAAAGAGACAGAAAAAACGAAGACAAAACAGAUUACCGUUCAAUAGAUACUAUAACAGACAAGAUUCUAAAAACAAAUAACAAAAAAGAGAAAAAAAACACAUAUUUUUGUCCAAUGGAAAUUACAAUAGACGACACUUUAGAAGACAAAAAUACUGAAAAAGUCACACAUUAUCCAAUGGAUAUUGUAACAGACAAGACUCCAAUAAACGAAGAGGACAAACAAAACCAAAAAGAUAAAAAAGACACAAAUUUUUAUUCAAUGGUGAGUAUGCUAAACAAAAGUUCAGAAACUAAAAACCAUGAAACGGACAAAAAUACUGAAAAACAUACAUAUUCUAGUUCAAUGGAAAUUGCAAUAAACGAAAAUUUAAAAGAAACACAUUAUCCAAUGGAUAUUGUAACAAAUACGUCUUCACUAAACAAAGAGAACGAAAACAACCAAAAAGAGAAAGAAAACACACAUUCUGAUUCAGCGAUUAUAAUAAAUAGUAGUUUAGAAUACAAAGAUAUUGAAAAAAUCAGAGAUUCUAGUCCAAUGGAAAUUACAAUAGACAACAAUUUAGAAGACAAAAAUAUUGAAAAAGAAAGAAUUGAAAAAGUGACACAUUACCAAAUGGAUAUUUUAACAGAUACGUCUCUAAUAAACAAAGAGAACGAAAACAAUCAAAAAGAUAAAAAAACCACACAUUCUGAUUCAAUGAUUACAAUAAAUAGUUUAGAAGACAAAGAUAUUGAAAAAAUCAGAGAUUCUAGUCCAAUGGAAAUGACAAUAGACAAUAAUUUAGAAGACGAAAAUAUUGAAAAAGUCACACAUUAUCCAAUAGAUAUUUUAACAGAAACGUCUCCAAUAAACAAAGAGAACAAAAACAACCAAAAAGAUAAAAAAGACACACAGUCUGAUUCAGCGAUUACAAUAGAUAGUAGUUCAGAAGACGAAAGUAUUGAAAAAGUUAUACAUUCUCUAAUGGAUAUUUUAACAGAUACGUCUCCAAUAAACAAAAAGAACGAAAACAACCAAAAAGAGAAAGAAAACACAAAUUCUGAUUCAGCGAUUACAAUAAAUAGUAGUUUAGAAGACGAAGAUAUUGAAACAAUCAGAGAUAGUCCAAUGGAAAUUACAAUAGACAACAAUUUAGAAGACGAAAAUAUUGAAAAAGUCACACAUUAUCCAAUAGAUAUUUUCACAGAAACGUUUCCAAUAAACAAAGAGAACAAAAACAACCAAAAAGAUAAAAAAGACACACAUUCUGAUUCAGCGAUUACAAUAAAUAGUAGUUCAGAAGGCGAAAGUAUUGAAAAAGUUACACAUUAUCUAAUGGAUAUUUUAACAGAUACGUCUCCAAUAAACAAAGAGAACGAAAACAAUCAAAAAGAUAAAGAAACCACACAUUCUGAUUCAGUGAUUACACUAAAUAGUAGACCAGAAAACGAAGAUAUUAACAAAAUCAGACAUUCUAGUCCAAUGAAAAUUACAAUAGACAACAAUUUAGAAGACAAAAAUAUUGAAAAAGACACACAGUAUCUAAUAGAUAUUUUAACAGGCACGUCUCUAAUAAACAAAGAAGACGAAAACAACCAAAAAGAUAAAAAAGACACACAUUCUGAUUCAGUGAUUACAAUAAAUAGUCCAAAAAACGAAGAUAUUGAAACAAUCAGAGAUAGUCCAAUAGAAAUUACAAUAGACAACAAUUCAGAAGACGAAAAUAUUGAAAAAAUCACAGAUUUUACUUCAAUGGAAAUUAUGAUAGACGACAAUUUAGAAGACAAAAAUAAUGAAAAAGUUACAAAUUGUCUAAUAAAUAUUUUAACAGACAAAACUUCAAACGAAGAGGACGAAAAAAAUCAAAAAGAUAAAAAAGAGAUAUAUGUUUGUUCAAAAGAAAUGAUAAAAGACGAAAAAGAGGUGAGAAAACAGAUGAGGACGAGAUAA